CUGUCUAUUUUACUCCAAAAAGAAGAAAUAACUGCGGAUAAAUACAGGUUUCUUUGUGUGUUUUCAGCUUGUCAAAAGAUCAUACAGCAACGGCUAAGAUUAUUCGGUGGUGUUAUUGGCAGUAACGCGAGGACUCCAACUCCGACAGCAAGUGGGCUGCGCAGCAAUAAUUUGGACCAUCGGGUUAACAAUUAUCAAGAUAUUAAUCACUUAAGCAAUAACGUUUACGUUGGCAGUAAAACAUAUCAUCAUCAGCGAUCCGUAUCGGCAGUUCCAAGCCAAGAACACGGUGCAGACUCGGCUAGACGUAACGGAACAAUAUUUCAGCCAUCAGCUAGUCCAGCGUCAAAUCAUGUUUAUCAGCGUGAUAAUGCAACUGUAGUCGGUACACGAGGUGCUGAACGAUCCUUAUCAACAUUUGCAACCCCAAAUCUACCCGUAUCGCAGAUGAGCAAAUGGCAGCGUUCGUCUACUGCAUUUGAUUGUGUUGCUCCAUCCCCGGCACAUAGUUCCAAUAGUAUUGCUUCUACAAAUGGAUUUUCAAAUUAUGUACAACAUUCCGCUUCGCGUACUUCUAAUAACAUCCACCCCGCUCAGUUGGACCAGGCCGAGUUUCUAAAAGACGAGGUUUUUGAUAAUCAUAUUCCUGCCCAGCCGAGCUCAUCAACAAGUCACAUUCCAACACCAUCUUCAACGCCAACUGCACAACGCAAAAACCGACGCAUAUCAAAUCUCUUUCAACGACCCAAGGACCUACAUCAUGAUGAAAAGGUGCAAAGAGCCAUACAGGACACAAAUAUGGGUGUGGGAAGAGCAAUACCAGUAAAGCAGGGCCACCUUUAUAAGCGGAGUAGUAAGACAUUGAAUAAAGAGUGGAAAAAGAAAUAUGUAUGUCUUCAUUCUAAUGGGCGGCUGUCGUAUCACCAAACGUUGAAAGACUAUAUGGAGAAAGAUUCAAGUGGGAAAGAGGUUUAUCUGGGUUUAGCCACUGUACGCGUGUCAGGGCGGCAGCGUUUACGAGGCGCUCAAAGAUCUCAAACUCAACCGAUCAGUGCCACUCGAGAACUAGAAUCCGUAAAGGAAAGUACUUCCAAACGGGAGUCAUUCGAUCCUGCUGCCGCUCGACGAGCUACAGGGAUGGUGACAGCGUAUGACUGUCUUGGUAACGGUACUCCUGGGACUGGAGGAGGUCAAAGUACACCUGGCGAGGGUACUUCUGGCGGCAGUGAUGACCAGCAAGCACCAUGUGGUCAGCAUUUAGCUGCAAGCACUAGCAGUUCGAAUGCUCAUUCGUCGCUGCCAAAUUCAGCAGCUGUUUCCAAGAAGAAAAAAGGUCAUCGCCGGCUCGGUUCUGGAAUAAAGAAUCAUGAAGAUGACGAGGACUGUGAGUUUGAAGUUGUAACAUGCGACCAGAAACGCUGGGAAUUUUCGGCCACCUCAGUGGAGGAGAGAGAUGAAUGGGUAGCGGCAAUUGAAGAUCUCAUUCAGAAGUCACUGCAGGCCCAAACAAGCCAAAAACAACAGUCCAAUAAUCGUGCUCAUGGCGAUCGAGCCGAGGUUCAAGCUUUAAGACAGCUACCUGGCAAUGGUGAAUGUGCGGAUUGUGGUGAACCAAGGCCAGACUGGGCAUCGCUGAACCUUGGUACCUUGAUAUGUAUUGAAUGCUCUGGUAUUCAUCGGAAUCUUGGAUCUCAUAUUUCACGAGUUCGCUCGUUGGACCUAGAUGCUUGGCCGGUUGAAUAUUUGACGGUUAUGGAGGCCAUUGGAAACAAAAAGGCAAAUUCUGUAUGGGAAUUCAAUGCCCCGGCAUCAAGACGGCCAACUCCGGAUUCCUCGAGAGAGGAGAAGGAGGGAUGGAUCAAAAUGAAAUAUGAAGCGAAACGUUUUCUUCCACCAAUUCCGCCUGAUCGGCCACUCGGGAAGCAGCUUCUGGAAGCAGUUUUCAACAACGAUCUUACCUCUUUGCUUCCAAUACUUUCACGAUGUGGUGAAGCUGAGAUGCGAACAACGGUAGAUGCGUCAGAUAAACGAACUGCUCUACAUAUAGCUUGUUCGAACGCGUCUGCAGCAUGUACACAACUUCUCGUUUGGUACAAUGCUGAUACUCGUAUAUUGGACCACAUGGGUCGUUCGGCACUUUGGUAUGCGCAGACAGCUGGAGCGGUAGAUUGUGUAUCCAUCCUUCUGAAGGCUGGUGCGGAUGCACUUCACGGAAAUCCUGGUGGGUCGUUGGCAUCGACAAUGAUUACAGGAUCAUUAGCCACUCGGGAAUAUUGUACAGAGCAAGAGUUGACAAAGAACGAGGCUAAACUGCGCCGGCAGUCUGAAGUGGUUGUUCGACGAGUUGGGAGUGGUCAUCAACAUGUGAACACCAACAUGAACGUCUUCCACCGGGCAUCUGACGCCUUUGACAGACUGCCAGCUAGCGUUAUUUGA